GAAACCAAAGAAGUCUCAGUUCCUUUGCAUGUCUUCUCUUGGAUUUUUCUUAAGCUUUGGGGAAAAUAAAGUUACUUCCUUUGAUGGAUUCUUCUUCUUAAUUUUUUUCUACUUUAUACCAACAAAUUUAAGUGCAGAUUCUCUUACCUGAUUCCCUACAAAUACAGUCUCAUUUCCAACUAUAUUUCAUUUUCUCCCCUCAAUUUUUUUUUCCCUUUUUCUUCCAAAGGUAGCUUGGUGUCAGUUCGAAAUUUCUCAAUUUUUACAAUCAAAGUCGGUGUUUGAGGAGACAGUUACUCCGGGAAGCUGUGCAUUGGUGAUCCAAGAGAUUGUGCUUUAUUCCUUGAUUCAAUCAGCCUCUUUCAUCUGUUCUCAAUAUGAACAACCAGUAUGGAAACAAGCAGGAUGAAGCGACAGUCAUGGGCUUUGAAGUUCCAAGGUCACCUGAUUCAAGUUACAACAAUGUCUACCCUGGCAGUGAAGAUGAGGCACGUGAUCCACCAGUUGUCCCACCACACCUGCACCACCCCUUACUUAGCUACCCAGCAAGCAGGGAAACUCCUCCCGGAAGUCUUCCAUUGCCACAGAAUGUGAUUCUAAAUCAUCUUUAUAUUGAAAACAGAGAGACACCAAGAUCUGUAGUGGCACUUGGAUUCACUCACCGCUUUCGUUCCAAGUACGUUACUGUUGUGCUAUACAAGCCAGUUCCUAGGAGAGGGAGUUCGAGUAAUUAAAUGAGUAUAGACCAUUACUAGGACCAGGUGUUAUCUCUUUGUGAUUGAAUUAGUUGUGAUAAGAUGCAAUUAUGAAAAUUAGCAGAAGGAAAUAUUUAUUGUUUGACAGCCGAUGAUGACCUUAGGAUUGUUUUUCAUUGAACGUGAAGUACCUUCGACUUGAAAUGCCAUGAGGAUAGAGCUGCCAUACAUAUUUGUUAUCCUGGGGUUCCCUUGAUUAUUGCCUAUUUGCUUGUACCGCAAUAUUUCCCUAUGUUGAUGAGCAUUACUGCUAUCUUCUGAUGCCUGUGUUCUGUUUAAUUUUUCAUCUAGAAUUGUUUUUUUUUUUUUAACUUCUUCUUUUCAGGUGCUUUACCGGUAAUUGUUGUUCUUCAAAAUUUAUAAGAUUUGUUAAGGCAAAGGGAGUAGCUAUUAGUAAAUAUUGAUUUGAAGC